ACCGGAGGUCGUCGUUUAGAGUUCAAAGUUCAGUUUAGUGGUUGAACUUGAACACACGCACACACAAGUUAUCAAAGUUAGUAACAAAGUAACAACAUGACUACUGAAGUGCACGAAAAUGUUCAGAAAUACUAUGGUACUCGGCUGGAUUCAUCUUGUGAUCUACAAACCAAUGCUGCCUGCACUUUACCCUGUCGACCAGUACCCAAAAGUGCGGUAAAUGCACUUGCUCUUGUUCACCCAGAAGUUACUAAAAGGUUUUUUGGCUGUGGUCUUCCAGUUCCAGAGAAGCUGGAAGGCUGUACAAUCCUAGAUCUCGGCAGUGGUUCUGGCAGAGACUGCUAUGCUCUCAGUAAACUGGUUGGAGAAAGUGGCCAUGUCACAGGCAUUGAUAUGACUGAGAAUCUGAUUCUUGCAUCACAGAAAUAUAUCCAGCACCACCAGGAGAAGUUUGGAUAUGCAAAUCCUAAUACCUCAUUUGUGAAGGGAUAUAUGGAGAACCUUGGUGAAGCAGGAAUACAGAAGGACACAAUAGAUAUUAUAGUGUCCAACUGUGUGAUCUGUUUGUGCCCUGACAAGAAAACCGUCCUCCAAGAAGCCUACAAUGUCCUCAAGGCUGGUGGAGAAAUAUACUUCAGCGACAUGUAUGCCAGCAAAGUUGUGCCUGACCUCUUGAAGAAAGAUCCAGUUCUAUGGGGGGAAGGAAUGGGCGGUUCUCUGUUUUGGCAAGACUUCAUCUCAUUGGCGCAACAGGUGGGCUUCAGCACUCCAUAUCUGGUCUCAGCUAGUCACAUCGUGGUCCACAAUUGUGAACUAAAAAAAAAAGCAGGUGAUAUUAAUUAUGCAUCUGGCACUUACCGACUCUUCAAGUUACCCCAAAACACCAGUAAGGCCAAUGCAAUGGUGACCUAUAAAGGGACUGUGCCAGACUACCCUAACCAACUUGACUUUGAUUCUUUACGCUGUUUUAAGAAAGACGAGGCAAUCCAGGUUGAUUCAGAGAUGGCUUUGGUUCUUCAGUGCUCUCGCUUUACCCCUGACUUCAGUAUCCAGGUGUUGGAUUGUCCUGAUGAAAGCCACAAUUCAACACCUCAGUACUGCCACCUUAAUCCUUUCCGUUUGGCUGACAACUUGGGCUCUACAGUAAAACAGUGCUCCAAAACGGGCCAGUCAGAAGGCUGUUAGGCCUGACUACCAGGACUUUGCUGCAUAUCCGUCUUUUGUAAAACUAGGAAGACAUUUUUUUAUGUAUAGGGCACAAAGAAAGCAUCCAGUGUUAUCCAGCAUCUCAGUGCUGGACCAUUUUAGUCUCAGACAAAUAAAAGUUAUUGCCUUGAAUAAAACAUGAUGUAUACGACAUUACCUUCAUGUUGUACAUGUUUUUAUUUAUUAUCAUACUACUGUAAUUAACAUAGUUUGGUAAACAGUCAAUUGUAUUAACUGCAUGAUUCAAAUAAUCUUGUGUGCAGUAAUAUGUUUUUUUUUUAUUUAAAGGACCCUUCUUUAUAAUCCUUAAUGUUAGUUACAAAAAGUAACUUAUUUUCCAUGUCAUUGUCUUAAAUGCUGUAUAGGCUCCCUUUACAUUUAAAUAUUGUGUAACUAAUAUAACAAUAAAAAAGUCAUGACUUUUCAAAAAUAGAUUUUUACAAAAUAUAUAUACAAUUGAGUCAUCAUGUUGGGAUAUUUGUAAUGUAUAGCUUUGACCUGUGAAUGACAGAAAGCUCUUAUGCUACACCAACACAUAACAUUGGACUGAGUGCAAGUUUCCGGUUCAAAAGGAUGCCAGUCUGGAAUUAACCUUAGCAUGUGUGAGAGAUUAGAAUAGGGUUAGCAGGGUUUGUGGCUCCAGUUGGUCCUCAUGCAUAACCAGGACACACAUUUUGGUUAUUUAGAACCGUGUGAGGUCAAGAGAAAGUGAACAGCUAUACUGCUGCAUGCAUUUGACAUCUCUUGAUGAAACAUGUAGGACCACAAUGCUUCAUCUAAUUAGUUUGACUUGGCUGCAGCAUGUAUCUAGAAUUGAACACUUGCCAUUAUCUUAUAGCGAUUCAAACCACCUACUUAAUUUGUGGUAGGCCUACCAUG